UUGGAAUAGUAGAAUAUUUAAUAAAUAUAUUUAUUGCACUAAUGACAUAGCACAAUUGUUGUGUUGAAUACUGCUAUAUAGUCAUGUGUCAAUAGCAAAAAUUCACUGGCCAGGCGGAUGUCGAAAAUGUCUACUCUUGCUAACCUGGCACAUCAUCUCUGCCACGUUGCAACAAGGCCCAAGAUGUCUUAAUCCUUAAAAAAUAACUGAUGUAGACUGAACAUGAUGAACUGAUUCAAUUAGAAAAACACUGGCUCCCCCAUUCUAUCCAAAAGAAAAUAAUACUAAUAAUCUCAAAUCUUCAAUUUGACAAAAACAGCUAAUUUUCUUAUUGGUUAGUGGGAGUUCCAAGAAAGACAAUGGAGAACAAGUGUGAGAUCAAGAAAGAUAUUACUCAAUUAAUAGGAAAUACCCCUUUAGUGUAUCUGAAUAAUAUUGUGGACGGUUGCGUAGCCCGCAUUGCUGCCAAGCUUGAAAUGAUGGAACCCGUUUCUAGUGUUAAAGACAGAAUUGCAUACAGCAUGAUCAAAGAUGCAGAAGAUAAAGGCUUGAUUACUCCGGGGAAGACCACCCUCAUUGAACCUACAAGCGGUAACACUGGCAUUGGAUUGGCAGCAAUUGGUGCAGCCAAAGAUUAUAAAGUUAUAAUCAUCAUGCCUGCUUCGAUGAGUCUCGAGAGGCGAAUUGUGCUACGUGCUCUCGGAGCUGAAGUUCAUCUUGCUGAUCCAACCAAGGGCUUUAAUGGAUUACUUCAGAAAACUAAUGAGAUACUAAGUAAAACGCCCAAUGGAUUUGUGCUUCGGCAAGAUGAAAAUCCUGCCAAUCCCAAGAUUCAUUAUGAAACUACUGGUCCAGAAAUAUGGAGAGACUCCGAAGGUAAAGUUGACGCCCUGGUUGCAGGGAUCGGAACUGGUGGAACCGUGACUGGAGCCGGAAGAUUCCUCAGGGAGAAAAAAUCAGAGAUGAAGGUGUAUGGUGUAGAGCCUACUGAAAGGGCUAUCUUGAAUGGAGGGAAACUUGGUCCGCAUCUGAUCCAGGGUAUUGGUAUUGGUUUCAUCCCUAAAGUUCUGGAUGUUGACUUGCUGGAUGAAGUCCUCCAAGUAUCAAGUGAUGAAGCUAUUGAAACCACUAAGCUGCUUGCCCUAAAAGAAGGUUUAUUGGUAGGAAUAUCUUCUGGAGCUGCAGCAGCUGCUGCAAUUAGUUUGGCAAAGAAGCCUGAAAAUGAAGGCAAACUCAUUGUUGUGAUAUUUCCCAGUUUCGGAGAGCGUUACUUGUCUUCCAAGCUUUUUGAUUCCAUUAGAGAGGAGGUGGAAAACAUGACUUAUGAUUGAUAACUAGUUCUUUGAAGUUUCAGCUUACUGGUUGUAAGUUCUAACAGCUUUGUAAUUUCUUUGUCUGUGGAUUGGACCUUACGGUUUAGUGGGUCAUCUCUUCCUUUACAAAAAAAUUGAUUACAAGGUAAUUAAAAUGCAUCUCAAAUUUUUUAACUAUAUAAAUUUUAAUUUCAAAACCAA